UUUUUGGUCUUCAAUAUCAAAUGAAGGCAACGGAUACUGAGAAGAGGAUGAUGAGGUGGAUUGAGCCAGGCCGUCCAAUCCGACGCCAGCUUGAGCGUUGGGCUUGUCGCAGGGGCCAAAAAUGGGCAGUAAACCUAGCGAUACUUCAUGCAUGUUCCAAUGUGAGCUCUAGAUUUAUUAGAGUAAUUAAAGCUAACUUUUUGGAAUGUUUAAGGUUUUCACUCUUCAUGACUCAGUUUCCAGGCAAGUUGGAUUUAAUGAAACAUAAAUUUUUGCUAGCCAUCUUUCAGAUCUAUUUAUUACACGUUACUAAAGUGGGAUGUGCUUCAAGGCGAACGUUUUUCAGUCGAUUUGGACAAGUGCAUAAAUCUUGCAGCUUAUCAGCUCCAAAUCGAGUUUCCCGAUUUUAGGCCAACCGUUCAACACCUCAAGAUGCUCAGUCUGUUGCCCCAGAGUAUGUGCCGAAAUCCUAAGAUUAAUAAUGAUGAAACUUAUUUGCGCAUUUUGACGGCAAACAUAUGAAAAACUUCAUACAAUGCAACCUGCCUAUGCUGC